UUACCACCAAAAAUGUUACACGUGUGAAAUGAAUGGACAUAAACAGAAAUCAUUCAUAACAAACACGAAUGAUUCAAUGUGUUUAGAAAUGCUUGAACAUAUUGUAGUAAUAUGACUGGACAAAACAAGAAAUGACUCGUUCAAAGUUGAAACGAUUCACUUCACUGUGUAUUAAUUCGGCUAUUAUUGAACUGAUUCGUAUGGACCAAGUGAAAUGACUUGAUGUAUUUUGCAGUGACGCAACAAGUCGUAUAAGAGUGACCCAGUAAGCUGUCAAAUAAUUCAUGCUUUUUUACAGCCAUCCGAUGUGUUUUAAAAUAGCUCAACUAAAUUCGACACCAUUCAACCAGAUGAGACGCGAUUCGAUCUAAUAUGCGACAAUGUAACUCAAUGUGAAACGGCCCAGUUAAAGGCGGCGUCGUUCAGCUAGAUGUGAACAGAUUCAAAAUCAUGUGAAAUCACUCAAAUAAAUGUGAAAUCACUCAACAAGAUGUGAAAUGGCUUCACCAAAGGUGAAACGAUUCGCGUCCAAGUGAAAUGACACGGCAUAUUUUGAUUUGACGUAACUUGUGCGUUCUUGACACGUCUUGUUGUAAGUUGAUUCAUCAUGUUGUGAAGUGAAUCAACAAGAUGCUUCCAUCUUGUUAUUUAUACUUCCUUGAAAGAAAUUUUACGGAAAUAAAAUCAAAAUAUGGAAAUUUGCCGCAUGUUUAUUGAAAUGAGAUAUCGUUCAAAGUCCUUUCCGCAACUCACACUUCGACGUUCGCACACCGUUAUUUUGUAUCGCGACAUUUUCCAAGCUUUUUUGCAUUUUGCUGGCAAAUAUUUUUCCCCUGGAAGAUCUCAGUAUAAAGCUGUUGGUAAAAUCCUUAAAGUGUAUGCAACAAUGAGUAAUAAUGUGGACACAGUAAAUGCAUUAAUGCAGGUUGUGCAGAUGCUGCAUAACAGAGAGAGGUCACAGCAAGCCCAACCCUCGACUUCUGCUGUAAAUAACGGGCAAAACGGUCAAACUACAAGUGCCUCUAGUAGCACAUCCACUGGUGAACAAGCUGCCUCAACCUCGGCAACCAAUUCUCGGCAUCUAGAAGAACACCGAAGAUUGUUUAGCCGACAAGCGAGGGUACAACCAUACUCUAGGCAAAUUCCCGGCCGUAGAAGACGUGCACCUGCCAAGAAAGAAAAGUGUUUGACAAAGACGAUGUUCUGCUUCGCUGAGAGGGGAGCUACUGAGGCACCAUCUUGCUCUGAGAAAUUGGAGCUUCUAGAAAACGGUCUGGGCGAAAAACGUGUGUCUUUUCCCGUAUCCGCUACUGCGGCUGCUGUGAAAGAAGUGUUAUUCGAGGCUUAUCCUCCGUUGCGCUUUUCUGGUGGCUUUCAAAUUUUGGUGAGUCAGGAAAAGGAAAGAAAGAAGUUGAAAGUGGUUUCGCAUGGCUCAUGCAGUACGGAGCAACUGAGAUGCUUUGGCAAUGGCCGAAUAUACAUACGACCGCUUCAAAGAAGUAUUCCUUUGACGGAAACUGUGCGUUUUCAUGAAGAAAAAGAAAUAUGCUUAUCAUGCGGUGAAAGCGUUUCAGUUAGUGAAAUGAGUGAGCAUCUACAAGCUUGCGAGCAUUAUCAUUCUGCAAAUGAGCAUGAAACUGAAGAGGGAGACGAGAAUAGCCGAUAUGGAAUUAACAGUGAAAGAAACGACGUCGUUCAAGUUACGGAUGAUGACACGUUAAUUUCAAAUACAACCUCUUUGCCGCUAAACGAACAGAUCGCCCCGACACAAUUAGUCUCUAAUACUGACGCGAGAGACAGUGACCUGGAUUCAUUAGCACCAGUUCCUCAACCAAAUGAAACGUUGGAAAUCGAGGACAGCAAUCGCGCUGAACUUGAAAACAGCGUGGAAGUAGAUCCUAUGGCUCUGCCAUACGAAGAACACCUACGAAACGCCAUCGACGCAACACUAAAAGCAACAACUGCAAAUGAUGACCCUGUCCAAGUUCUGCGAACCUUCUCUUGCCACUUUCUGCGGGGUCGUCCCCUCGAUGUUAUGGACCCAACGGUGCAACUUGAAGGUGAAACAACAGAUGUUUUCGUUACGCGGGAAAACAUUUACGAAGAUGGCAUGGACGAGUUGUUGGGUGGACUUGGUGUGAGCGAUCCUAGUCUUCCUUUAGAAGUCACGUUUACUGGCGAGUGCGCACAGGAUCUAGGUGGUCCUCGGAAAGAGUUCCUAGGUGCAAUGACCCGCGAGAUAAAAGACCAUUUAUUUGUGGUUGGCGGCGAUACCUAUACCUUACGCCAAGAUGUUGUCGCCGAGACUCGCAGAUACUUCUUUGGAGCUGGUCUUGUAUUUGGUUACAGCAUGUUACAAGGCGGACCGCUACCGUGUUUUAUGCACGAAGAAUUACUGACCAAACUUUUUGGUGUUCAUGCAGAACAACUGAACGACGCCGAAGAACAACUUCGCAACGGCUUUUCGAAAUUUGGAUUAGUAGAGCUCAUCAAGGAAAGACCAUCGAUGCUCUUCCUAUUACGAAGAACAGCAUACCAUCCGUUGACGUAUCCGAGAAUCGUAAAGAUUUUGGCGCCAAAAUUUUCAGAGCAGGGUUCCAACAAGAGGAUGAAAGAGAACAGGGCAUACAGGCUUUUUUUGAAUUACGUCAAAGAGGUUGCUGCUGGGAGGCGAGAAAAUGUAUCGCUAGGCGAUGUCUUAAGAUUCGCCACUGGUUCAGAGGAUGAGCCUGUUCUGGGUUUUGCAAUCCAGCCUGCUUUGUGUUUUAGUGACGGCACGCGUUCGUGCCUACCAACCUCCAACACAUGCAUCAACCUUUUACGGCUGGCUAUUGGUGAAAUUCUUCCUGAAAGUCAAGAUGAAAUGUUCCAAAAAUUUGAUUUAGCUUUCAGCAAUACCCAUUUUGGAAUGGCGUAACGUA